UCAAGCGCUGCGUGUUUACAUCACUUUGAUUUUCUCUCUUUAGUGUUUUAAACACAGUGUUGUGUGUGUGUUGUGUGUGUGUGUGUUAAGAUGUUAACGAUGACGUCACAGAUGUGCUGUAAAUCAGUGUGAACCGAUCUGUCCAUGCUGGAUAUUGAUGAUUUGUUUUGUGUUCUGAUGUUGACGAUGACGUCACAGGCGGAUGUGAUGUGCUCUAGACAAACACAGGACACGGUACCACUGAAGAUUUGUUCUGUCAAACUGAUGGAUAUUAAAAGAGUAAAGGAAGAACAGACUGAUGAAGAUGAGAAUCCACUGAAGAAUGGCGAGAACCUGGAUAUAAAAACAGAAGAAACAUCAGAUGAAGAACAGACUGAUGGUUGUGAGGAUUUUAUUCCUUCGGAUGAGAGCGGUGAUUCAUGUGGUGAUGGAGAAACGGCCUCUACAUCAAAACAGCGACUGACAGCACAAACUCUUUCCUGCAUCACCUGUGGAAAGACAUUCAGUUCACAGAGACGUUUAGAGACACAUGAGAGAAAACACACCGAACAGAAACUCUUCACCUGCACCAGAUGUGACAUCAGCUUUCCUACCUUACAAGAGAAGAAACUUCAUUCACAAGAGCACAGAGACAAGAAACACUUUCACUGUCAGCUGUGUGGGAACAGUUUUGUCUCGUCUUUUAGUCUGAUACGUCACAUGAGGAUUCACACUGGAGAAAAACCUUUCCACUGCAGUGAAUGUGACAAGUGUUUCGGCACCAAAGGAAAUCUUGUUCUUCAUCAGAGAAAUCACACGGGAGAAAAACCGUAUGCGUGUCCUCACUGUGAGAAGAGAUUCAACCACAAACACAAUUUGAGGACACAUUUGCGUGUCCACACCAAUGAGAGUCCGUAUCAGUGCAGUGAAUGUGGAAAAACCUUUAGACAGUCAAAUUCUUUACAGAGACACCAAAGAACACACUCUGAUGAGAAACUCUAUCAGUGUUCACACUGUGAUAAAAGUUUCUGUGAUAAUUCUCUUCUAAUAACUCAUGAGAGAACUCACACUGGAGAGAAACCUUACCUCUGCUCUCACUGUGGAAAGAGCUUUUCUGAUCCACGUCAUUUCAGAGUUCAUCAAAUAAUUCACACUGGAGAGAAACCUCAUCUCUGCAGUGUUUGUGGGAAGAGAUUCAGUCGACGCCACCAUUUAGUGUCACACCAGAGAACUCAUACAGGAGAAAAACCCUUCAAAUGUUCUCAGUGUGACAAGACGUUUGCUCGAUCAGAUGUCUUGAGAACCCAUGAGAGAGUUCACACUGGAGAGAAACCUUAUCACUGCUCCAUCUGUGGAGAGAGAUUCACUCAGUUAGGAAGUUUACAGACUCAUCAGAAGAAACAUGCUGAAGAACAAACUGUACUGGAUUCAUUUUAGAAUCUCUACAAGGCUCAAGGUGGGCUAAAGAAUUUGCUAAUCACUGUAUAGAUCAGGGGUGGGCAAUCCUGGUCCUGGAGGGCCUCAGCUCUGCAGAGUUUAGCUCCAACCAGCACCAACACACAUGACCCAGAUAAUCAAGAGCUUCAGGAUCAGUGUUUCCAAAUCCUGAUCCUCAGGGCACGACUCCCAGAAUGUUUUAGAUGUGUCUCUCUAUAUAAAACACCUGAUUUAACUCAUCAGUCUACCUGAAGAAUGUUUGAAAUAUCAAUGAACACACUGGUGAGCUGAAACAGGUGUUUUAUAUACACUGAAAACAUGCGGAGUAGGAUUUACUUGGAAAAUAAUGAGUAUGAUUGACAAGCACAAUUUUUACAUACAUAUUUUUUGCAACAUUUUCUGACCUAUUCAGACAUCAACAUUGGUGACAAUCAUCAAACUAAUUCAAAUAAACAGAUCAACUGCAAUGCAUGCUGGGAGUCAGGAAUGAGUUUGUACUUUGAUGUUACCCAGCAUGUAUUGCUACAUGAAGUUUUAUUUUGUUGAUUGUCACCAAUGUUGAGUUUCAUAAACUGAUUCUUCAUGUCUUUUGCCUCAAAGAUGCUUUCAUAUAUUGCAUACAAAAGUUAUGCAGAAUGAUUAACUAUGUUCAAGUGUUGUGCUUCAAACAAUCAUUUAAAAAGAUCUCUACUUAAAGAGCUCAUGAAUCUCUGGAACCCUAUAAAGCUUAUUUAUUAACACACCAACUGCACUUCUACAGUUUCACGAGCACAAGAAAAACAAACACUGAUCUUAGUCAUGGUGGUUUCUGAUGGUGGAUGUUUACUAUCAAAUUUCUAAAUAAACUUAACCUGAAAGCUUCAGAUAACUGUGUUUAACUUUUACAUGACAGAUCCUUCAAAAUGAACUCUCAUUUCUGAGUGAAAAUUGAGUAAAUCACAAAUCAAGUAAAUCCUACUCCACAUAGUUUUAAGUGUCUGUGAAACACCUGAUUCAAUCAUCAGCUUGUUAGUUUGUUCAGUAGAGAAACAUUUUAAACAUUCUGUCAGUAGAGCGAUGAGUUGAAUCAGGUGUUUUAUUUAGAGACACAUGUAAAACAUUCUGGACGUGG